CUUCUUUUACUUAGAGGUCCUUAUUUGCGCCAUCAUCGCGCUCUAUCUAAUUAUUUCCUUAUCGCCAUGGCUUCAGCCGGUGGCCGAAGAUGGCAGCAGUUCUUCCAAGAAAUGCUGAUGGUUGCAGGCACUUCUGCGUCCGCAUAUUUCCUUAUUCGCUACCUUCUAUCACGCCUUGAUUUCGACCCAGAGAGCCAGAAGAAGGAGGAACAACGACAGAAGUCUGCCGCCAUCAUACGCCGAUUGGAAGGUGGGAAUGAAUCCGAUGAUGACACACCGCGGAAAGGUGGCAAACGGGAGAAAGGGCAACGAAAGAGAGAGCUCACCUUGAACCAAUAUGAACAAGCGAUUGCGAUGGAUGUUGUUGCGCCAGAAGAUAUCCCAGUGUCAUUUGAAGAUAUCGGCGGACUUGAUGAAAUCAUCGAGGAAUUGAAGGAAUCAGUCAUUUACCCACUGACGAUGCCUCAUCUCUACGCUUCCACGUCGUCUUUGUUGACCGCGCCUUCCGGGGUCCUCUUAUAUGGUCCGCCUGGCUGUGGAAAGACCAUGCUUGCCAAAGCUCUGGCCUCAGAGAGUGGAGCAUGCUUCAUCAACUUGCACAUCUCAACAUUGACAGAGAAGUGGUACGGCGACUCCAAUAAAUUGGUCAAUGCAGUGUUCUCACUUGCGCGCAAAUUACAACCUGCGAUCGUCUUCAUUGAUGAAAUUGAUGCUGUUCUUGGAACCCGGCGAAGUGGUGAGCAUGAGGCAAGUGGUAUGGUGAAGGCCGAGUUUAUGACCCAUUGGGAUGGUCUUACAUCGGCAAAUUCGACGGGAGAGCCCCAGCGGAUUGUUGUCCUAGGAGCAACCAACCGCAUGCAAGACAUUGACGAGGCCAUUCUUCGAAGAAUGCCCAAGAAGUUCCCCGUAACCCUUCCUCCGAUUGCCCAGCGCCUUCGCAUUCUCAGCCUGAUUCUCAAAGACACGAAAGUUGAUCGCGAUAAUUUCGAUUUACACUAUCUGGUCAAGACUAUGGCUGGUAUGUCUGGUAGCGAUAUCAAGGAAGCAUGCCGAGAUGCGGCGAUGGUUCCUGUGCGAGAGCUUAUUCGAGCGAAAAAGGCUAGCGGAAUGCAAAUGGAUGCGAUGGAUCCCCAAGAAGUUCGUGGUCUUCGCACGGAAGAUUUCUUCUCUCGCGCCGGUGGUAUCAAGGUCAUCCCUCAGCCUCCUUCAUCAUCCACGCCAACCGACAAAGUCUCCGAGAAGGAAGACGGAGACUGGAGUACUGCAUCUGAAGCCACAUCAGAAGCUGAGACUCGACACUCUGUGAUGGCUGAGCCGCCAGAGUGA